AAACAGCUAUAUACAGUAGCACAACCUGCAUAUCAUCAACAAGGACGUUGCUUUAAAAAAAAUAAAUACAUAGAAAAGAUCAGUGAUGUGGAGGGAGGGGCUUGUGAUAUGUAUGCAAGUUCCUCAAAAGUAGAUCCUGUAAGAGCUCACAAGAAUGAAGAACUACACGUACAGAGCGUGGGUGACUGCAUGCCGACGACCAGGCUGUCAGGAAAUACAGCGCACUUGUGAAUUUCAGGGUUUCAAAUUCAGAUACUUUUUUCCAAUCUGCUUGCUCUUCUCACCAGAAAAAAAUGCACAAUAAGUGAUUCAUACGUAAAAUAAGGGAACUCUGCUGGGUAGUGGAAAUAUAUGUGUAUAUGUGUGUGUGUGUGUGUGUGUGUGUGUGUGUGUGUGUGUGUUUUAUUAUUAUAAUUUUUUUUUUUUCUGCUGGAAAGAAGUUGUUUGUUAAUAACGUUAAAGAAUGGAUUUUACAGCAAAGUGGAUUGCCCAAGGAUGGAUUAUGCUUGUACUGCUGUGUCAGGUCAACGUUUACACCAAGGUAGCCCCAAUGGCAUCUUCUCAGUGCAACAGUGAGCGCGAGUACCUGCAGGAUGGAAAGUGCUGCAGAAAGUGCAAGCCGGGAGAGUACUUGUCAGCUCGUUGCACAAAAACAUCUGAGACCAAUUGCAAGCCUUGCGGAGAAAAACAAUACCAACCUUACUGGAACACAGACAACAGGUGCAUGUCCCAAAAAAUCUGUGACAAAGAGAGGGGCUUGCAAGCAUCUCAACAUGAAAACAAAACAGCCCCUGUGAAGUGUGAAUGCAUGCCUGGCUUUCAAUGCUCAAUCAUGGACUGUGAGUUCUGUGAAAGAGUGAGGGUGUGCGGCCCAGGAUAUGGAGUCAUACAGGGAGUAAAUAUUCAUAACAAUCUAUGUGAAAGGUGUCCCCAUGGCUCAUUCUCAACAGUCGCCUCGGCAACAGAACCUUGCAAGCAGUGGACUGACUGCAAGUCUCUUGGAAAGACUGAAAUUCAUCAUGGGAAUGAGACAGAGGAUGUGCAAUGUGGGCCUACAGCUACAUCUUUGGGGACUGUGAUAGUAUGUGUAGUUGUAGUUCUUUUAAUAAUCCUUGUGUCAACAUUUGGCAUAUGCCUGGUUUGCAACAAAAACAAGAUGAAAGGAAUUUCUGAGGAUUUUCGAAAGAUCUAUACGAAUGUUCAUGGAAGGACACAGCAGGAGACAACACAUCCAAAGGAAAAUGAUUCUGUCCUAGAAGUCACACUUCUGUUGAAAAAUGAAGAGAAACCACGUGACUUUCUGAAUGCUUGCUCAACCAAUGAUGUAUUGAGUGAAGUCACAGCUCCACGUGAACCAGCAGCAAGAUUUUCUGAACCUGUAGAGGACGAGACUGAAGAGAGUGCCUUGAAUUCUGAAGUUGAUAGUGCAUACCAUGGCCCUGCUCCCUUAGCAUCUAGCAGCUGCAGUUCAUGUAGCUGUGUGUCCCAUUUAAAACGACCCGUGGAAGCAGGUGAACAGGAUGACUUCAGUCAAUUUGUUUCAAUAGGAAACUCUGUGAGCUGCGUUUGUAGAGGAAAUGGCACCAACAGCAGGCCAAAAUCCCUCCAUGAGGUUUGCUACUGUAGUCACUGCUGUGGGAGUAUCACAGGAAGCGUGGACUGUGAAUACAAAGGCGACUUGCAGGAUAGUCAACGUCUUUCAGUGGAUUGCUGUAGCUGUACUACAAGGGAAGCCACGCUGGGGGAGAAAGAUCCCAGCUUUGGGAAUCAUGCUGGCAAAACCUCUUCAGAAAACAGGUUGAACGGGCACUGCUGUUGCAGUAUGGACUCAAUGAAUGACCCUGUCCAGUCUUCACUCAGUGACAAUGGUGAGGGCAUUCCCUCCGAUGACUGUCAUACACAGAGACAAAACUCAAACAGUAAAACUCCUGACCCUAGCUCAAAUUCAUCAAGCCAUAACUCAGACCCUCCAUCUGCAUCUGGAAAUGUGACAGGGAACAAAAACACCACAUUCAUAUCUAACGGACAAGUAAUGAACUUCAGUGGAGACGUCAUUGUUGUUUAUGUCAGUCAGAACUCCCAGACAAACACUGACAGGACUGAGGAAACGUUUUGCUCUCCGGUACAAGAGGAGAACAGUGGGGGUAGUUCUAAGGAUGACACCAAACAGGAGCAGGAUGAUCUCCCACAAGUUAAUGUAGCUUAUCCAUUGCAAGAGGGAACACAGCGCAGGAAAGAAGGGCCCGUCAGGAACACCACAAUCCCUAUUCAAGAGGAGAGCACACAGUGGACACAGCAGAAGUGUGUGUGACAUCAGGGUUUUCCUCAUAAACAAAUGGGAAAGGUGACAAGUCUGCACAUACUUGUUAUCAGUGGUGCUGAAGUUUGUAGACAAAUGGAGGGGGGGGGGGGGCAUUUUUGUGAACUUACAUGCAUUCCUUAAUGAUAAAGGCAUCUGCCAAAUAAAUAAUAAUAAUAAUAAUAAUAAUAAUAAUAAUAAAUAAUAAUAAUAAUAAUAAUAAUAAUAAUCAUUUGGAAUUAAAUACAGGUCCAACCUUCUUAUCAGCCAACUGAGUCUCUUUUUGUGGGAUUUUCCAAUGUUGAUGACAAAGAUGCUGUGAAUUUGAUAAAUGAAGGGAUGUCUGAACAUUAAUUGCAUUAUGUUUUAUUAUUUAAAAAUAAAUGUGUGUGCUCAUUACAGUGUUAAUAGCGGCUAUUUAAAAAACUAUUUGAAUUCAA